GGCGGCGUGGCCGCGGCGCUCGGCCCGCCCGUCAGGCGGCGGAGCCCCGGCGCUCGGCCCGCCCGGGAGGCGGCGGCGGCGGAGGGCGGCGAGGGAGCCGCGGGAGCCGGGGGGCAGCGGCAUGGGGGAUGAGCUGGUCUCCGAGGCCGACACCCUGCUUCAUUCAGAGAAGGAGUUCCACGAUGCAGCAAAGCGUAAUGACACGGCCAGGAUGGAGGAGCUCAUCAAGAGAGGGGUCGACAUCAAAGCCAAAAACAACACAGACCGAACUGCCCUGCACUGGGCCGCGGGAGCAGGGAACGUGGACGCUGUGCGACUGCUCCUGGACCACGACGUGCCGGUGGAUGACGAAGACAGUUUUGGAAUGAAUGCCCUUCUCCUGUCUGCCUGGUUCGGCCACCUCCGCGUCCUGCAUAUCCUCGUCAAUGCUGGGGCAAAGAUUAACUGUGUCAAUAAGAACGGCAGGAGCCUCCUGCACUGUGCGGCUCAGAGGGGACACAUCCGGGUGAUGCAGUUCAUCAUGGAGGACCUGGAGGACGUGCCUGUGGAUAAGACAGACAAGAUGGACAAGACAGCGUUUCACCUGGCUGCAGAGUACGGGCAGCUGGAAGUGGUGGAGUUCCUGAUUCACCAGGGUUGUUCUCACAAUGCUAAAGAUGAGGAAGAGAAUACAGCAUUGCAUUUAGCUGCUAAAAAUGGACAUCUCUCAGUGCUGCAGAAGAUUGUAGAUAUCGGGGUGGACCUUGAUGAAAAGAAUUCAGAAGGACUUACCGCUUUGCACCUGGCUGCUGAGGGUGGGCACAGUGACUGCGUGAAGCUGCUCUUGGAAGUAGGUGCCGAUGUCAAUGCCCAAACCCAGAAGAAAAUGAACUGCCUUCAUUAUGCAGCACUGCACGGCUACGUGGAGAUCGCCAGGAUCCUCUUGGAUGCGGGAGUCCACAUAGAUGCUGUUAACCAUCAAAACGCAUCAGCGACCCACAUCGCGGUACUGCAGAACUUCCCAGCAAUGGUGAAACUCUUCAUCGAUGCAGAGUGUGACCUUGACAUUCCAGAUAAUAGGCAGCAGACUUCGCUCCACAUCGCGGCAGAGCACAGCAGGCAGGACAUUGCCGAGAUGAUUCUCAUUGCAGGAGUCAAUCUGAAGCUGACAGACAAGCAAGGAAAAACAUCUUUGGAUGUUGCUGCCCGAGGCAAUCACAUCAACGUGGCAGACAUGAUUAUCAAAGCCGAUCGGUUUUACAAAUGGGAAAAGGACAACCUGAACAGUGACUCUGAUUCCUGGGUGGCAAAGCACUUGACCUUUAAGCAAGACCACAGGGUGGAAACACAGCACAUUCGCUCAGUAAUGUGGAGAUUAGCUACUAAAUACCUCAAACCUGGUGAAUGGAAGAAGCUGGCACAUUUCUGGAAAUUCACUGAUGCACACAUUAGAGCCAUUGAGCAACAAUGGACAGGUACUAAAAGCUACAGAGAGCACGGCCACAGGAUGUUACUUAUCUGGCUUCAUGGUGUGAUCACAGCAGGAGAAAAUCCAAUCAAGGGAUUGUAUGAAGGUCUUGUGGGCAUUGGAAGAAGAGAUCUGGCUGAAAGCAUUCGGAAAAAAGCAAAUGCAGACUCUGCUUCUCCACGGAAGUGCACAGCCAUGUAAAACAGAAGGGUAGUAGGGGUUUCUUCACUGAUGUGUCAUCGGUUGUCUAAGAGCUACGAGAUAAACACUUGCUCUGUUACUUACCAGAAGGCAGCUGUAACCUAAGGGCUUCUUGUCAUACAAAGCUGGUGUCAUCGCUGCUUCCUUCUUGGUCUGAAACUACAAGGCUAUCAGCAAACAGUAGCAGUCUAAAAUGCCUCUUGAAGGAGAAGUGAGAUUUUAUGGGCUCUUCUCUAUGUUCUGAUACUGUAAUAAGAGCCAAGUCUCACUUGCCAUAACGUGACUGAGAAUCAGUGUAUACUACAAGAUUUUAUUGGAACUUGUUUGCAGUGUACUUUUGUAUAUGAAUUUUUAAUUGACAAUUUUAUAAGCUUUUGUUUACAGGAAUGUUCUUUACAUACCUUUUUUGCCUUUUUUUUUUGUCUAGCACAUGGAUCUUAGGUUUCUAACUUUCCUCUUAACUUGGGAGUUUGUUCAGAAAAGUCAAGGCAACUACUUGAUCCUUAAGGACUGUGAUCUUUAAAGAGAAAAAGAUUAAUGUACAUCACUGUAAUAUUUAUAAAUCAAGUGGAUAAUUUAUUUAAACCCCAUGUUACCACUUGAAAAUCUCCUUUACCUUAGAACAUAGAUAGCUCCACUCAUCUCAGAGUGAGAGACAGAAGAGUGAACUUGUUAAGACUACCCGAAGGCUGAUGUUCUUGUCCACAGCGUGGAUUUUACUGUUUCAACUCAAAGAAGUCAUCGUUGGUUAUUUUACACAGCCUAUGAUAAGGACACACAGUUUUCAUAAACACCAAUUUGUCUUUUAAUUUUUUGUAUUUUUAGUGUUUCAAGGGAAAAAUAGUAUCUGUAUUUCAAUAAAUCAAAAUUCUAAGGUUCAAUUUGCA